CCGCCCGGGGCCGCGGUGGGCAGCGGGCAGCGGGCAGCCGGGGUGCGGCCACCAUGGCCGGGAGGACGCGGAGCGGCGAAGCGCUGCGGGUGGUGGCCCGGUGCCGCCCCAUGAGCCGGCGGGAGGAGGCUGCGGGCUGCGAGCGCGUCCUGGAGCUGGAGGUGAAGCUGGGCCGGGUGACCAUCCGCAACCCCCGCGCCGCUCCCGGAGAGCUGCCCAAGACUUUCACCUUCGACGCCGUCUACGACGCCAGCUCCAAGCAGGCUGAUCUGUACGACGAGACGGUGCGGCCGCUGGUGGACUCGGUGCUGCGAGGGUUCAACGGCACCGUGCUGGCCUACGGGCAGACGGGCACCGGCAAGACCUACACCAUGCAGGGAGCGUGGGGGGACCCCGAGACGCGCGGCAUCAUCCCCAGCUCCUUCGAGCACAUCUUCACGCACAUCUCGCGCUCGCAGAACCAGCAGUACCUGGUGCGCGCCUCCUACCUGGAGAUCUACCAGGAGGAGAUCCGCGAUCUGUUGGCCAAGGACCAGAGCAAGAAGUUGGAGCUGAAGGAAAACCCCGAGACGGGCGUCUACAUCAAGGACCUCUCCUCCUUCGUCACCAAGAACGUGAAGGAGAUCGAACACGUGAUGAACCUGGGUAGCCAGGCGCGAUCGGUGGGCAGCACCAACAUGAACGAGCGCAGCUCCCGCUCGCACGCCAUCUUCCUCAUCACAGUGGAGUGCAGCGAGACAGGGCCGGACGGCCACGAGCACAUCCGUGUCGGGAAGCUCAACCUGGUGGACCUGGCGGGCAGCGAGCGGCAGAGCAAAACGGGCGGCCCAGGUGAGCGGCCUAAAGAGGCCUCCAAGAUCAACCUGUCCCUCUCCGCUUUGGGCAACGUCAUCUCGGCGCUGGUGGAUGGCAAAAGCACGCACGUCCCAUACCGGGACUCCAAGCUGACCCGCUUGCUGCAGGACUCGCUGGGCGGCAAUGCCAAGACCAUCAUGGUGGCCACCUUGGGCCCGGCGUCUCACAGUUACGAGGAGAGCCUCUCCACCCUCCGGUUCGCCAACAGGGCCAAGAACAUCAAGAACAAACCCCGGGUGAACGAGGACCCCAAGGACACAUUGCUGCGGGAGUUCCAGGAGGAGAUCGUGAGGCUGAAGGCGCAGCUGGAGAGGCGCGGCAUGCUGAGCAAGAAGAGGAGGAGGAGCAGCCGGAGGAAGAAGGCGGCGGAUGGGGAAACGGCGCAGGAGAACGAAGGGGAGGAUGACAAUGAAGAUGGGCUGGAGAAGAACAUGGAGAACUACCUGCAGGAGCAGAAGGAGAGGCUGGAAGAGGAGAAGGCCGCUAUCCGCGAUGACCACAGCCUGGUGAGCGAGGAGAAGCAGAAGCUGCUGGAAGAGAAGGAGAAGAUGAUCGAGGACCUGCGGAAGGAGCAGGAGGCCACGGAGCUGCUGGCCACCAAGUACAAGGCCAUGGAAAGCAAGCUGCUGAUCGGCGGCAGGACCAUCGUGGACCACACCAAUGAGCAGCAGAAGAUGCUGGAGCUGAAGCGGCAAGAGAUAGCUGAGCAGAAACGCCGUGAGAGGGAGAUGCAGCAGGAGAUGCUGCUGCGGGAUGAGGAGACCAUGGAGCUGCGGGAGACCUACACAUCCCUGCAACAGGAGGUGGAGAUCAAGACCAAGAAACUGAAGAAGCUGUACGCCAAGCUGCAGGCUGUGAAGGCAGAGAUCCAGGACCAGCACGACGAGUACAUCCGCGUGCGGCAGGACCUGGAGGAGGCACAGAACGAGCAGACACGGGAGCUGAAGCUCAAGUACCUGAUCAUCGAGAAUUUCAUCCCACCAGAGGAGAAGAACAAGAUCAUGAACCGCCUCUACUUUGACUGUGAGGAGGACCAGUGGAAGUUCCAGCCACUGGUGCCGGCUGGCGGGAACAGCAACCAAAUGAAGAAGAGGCCAACCUCUGCAGUGGGGUACAAGAGACCCAUCAGCCAGUACGCCCGCGUGGCCAUGGCCAUGGGAUCACAUCCACGGUAUCGGGCUGAGAACAUCAUGUUCCUGGAGCUGGACCUCUCCCCUCCGGCAGUGUUUGAGUUUGAACGGAGCCGGGACCCGGCCGAGCAGGACCCACGGGCUCUGCACCUGGAGAGGCUGAUGCACCUGGACAGCAUCCUGGAGCGGCCGGCAGCCUCCCGGGUGAGGAAGUCCCGCUCCUGGUGCCAGACACCACGGUCGCUGCCAUCCUCCACCACACACGCGUCCCUUGCUGCCAGCUCCCCACGCACCUCUGCGACACCGGCACAGGAGUGAUGGCCCCAGGACCCCCAGUCCCAGGAUUCCCGACCCCAGGACCCCUAACCCCAGGACCUUCUGACCCCAGGACUGAGGCCACCUCUGCUCCAGGGCUGAACAGUGUCCCCAGCAGCAGCAUCCUACCGCCUUCAGCUACUUAUGUGCACUGUAUGUGUGUGAGAUGCUCCCCGCGGCUCUGAGACCAUGGGAGCUGCCCUCUUCAUCCUCCUGCCCCAACACACCCCUCCCAAGUCUGGAUCUGUCACUUUAUUUAUUUAAUGUAUUUAUUUAUGGAGUGGUUGGCGAGCAGCUGGAAUGUGCUCUCGCAGGACACCGAGCUGGGUCAGCUCCGGUGCUCUGAGCCCCCCUGGACCCCAAUGGCUUUGACACAAGAUGAGGUGGCUCCAGACACUCCUUGCUGUGUUCAUUGGAUCUCAAGUUUGCCAUAUAAUUCGUGCUUGUGGCAACUCCUACAAGACUUCAGAGACUUCCCAAUGGCAGACCCUUGUGCUGAGCUUGUCCAAGACCACAAGGAACACUCUGGACUGCAUCAGCAUUGGUGGCAGCGAUGUCUCACUGAUGUCUGGGCACAGCUGUCACUGCACAAAUGCCAGCUCUGUGCACCAAGUGGGCUGACAGAUUCACCAACCAAGUCAACCCAGCUCAGCUCUCCUCUGGAUAGUGCUGCACAGAGGUCACUUGGGGUUUGGAGGACAUUUGGUGAUUUUAUGGGUUGCGGAGGGAGAGCUAAUGAAUGUGAAACGGGUAAUGAAUAGGAGAGGGGUGAGCAGUGAGGCUCCUCUGUCUGGCACAGAGCAAUCUGAAACCCAUCAAAAGCAGCAUCUGCAGUUGCUAGGAGAUUGAGUUGUGCUACAGCAUCCUGAUGAAUGAGGAAGCGGCCUCGUCGUCCAGGAGGAAAGACAUGGGUCUGCAAAAGGAAGGGUGCUGGAGCAAAUCCCUGGGUGGGCAAGCUAAGAGAUUACGGGUGGGGGCAGUGUUUUCUGCAUGCAGGACCUCAUCUGAUUCCCAGGGAGGGUGGGAGGGGAACUUGCACUGAUGUGAGGGAAGCACUGAGGGCAGCUGCUUUGGACCAAGUGCCACCUAACGAGGCCAGGCUGGGGGGUGCUCCUCUCCUGACCUGACCCAUCUCCCAUUCUACUGAGGUCUUCUCCCUUUGCCCUGUGCUGCCCUGCUGUGUGUCUUCUGAUCUUCUGCUGCCAUCAUCCCUUCCCUGUUCAUAUCCCAUAGCUGAAGUCUCAUCCCCCAACCCAGAAUGCAGCAGCCAAGUUGAGGGGCUGUGGGUUGCUGCUAGUACUCGUGUUCCAUUUGAGUGGCCAGAUGGGCUUUUGCAGAAGUUUGCUGUUAGAAGAACCAUGGCAUACUGUCUGUGGCAGAGUGGUAAAAUGUCUUAUGAGCUUGCCCUGAAAUCCUUGCAUAUGUGGAUAUGAACUCAAUAGCGAAGGCUGCCAGUUGGGUAGGGGAAGAAAUUCUAGGGAAGGAUGGUCAAGCAUUCAGCACUAUCCUUCUGUCCAACCUUCUGGUCAUCUUCAUGCCUGUCCUUCUGCCCAACCUUUUGCCUAUCCUUCUGCCUAUCUUUCUGCCCAGCCUUCUGUCCAACCUGCUUCCCAUCCCUGUCCAUCCUUCUGCCCAUCCUUCCCCACGCAAUGAGCAGUGCACACAAGGAAGCUGGGUCUCCUCCGUGGCUGGUGGUGAGUUCCUUCUGCCUGCAGACACAUUCAUAGUUGGGUUAUAUCCCUGGAAUUGUGAAACAAGUGCAUGGGAGAUCCAGCUCCUUCCUUCUUUUUCAGGGUGGCCCUGGGAUUGAAGAUCAGAAAGUAAAGAUCUAAGAAAGGGGAGAAGCUGUGUGUGUUACAUGGUGGCACAGUGGGGCUGGGUUAGUGAUUGGACUAGAUGAUCAUAGCGGUCUUGUCCAACCUUAAUGAUUCUGUCAUUCUAUGGCAGCCUGCAGGAGGAUUUUCUCCCUUUCUCCUCAUUUUCCAAUUGCCUCAAGUUUCUUGACAGCCAGGCCAGCAGCUCACUGAGCCCAGGGAUGGGGAACCAGAAGAGCUCAGGAGCCAUCUGUUCUUUUUCCACCAUGCUGAGCCCAAACCAUAGAGCACUGGGUGGAAGGAAGCCCAUGGGAACCUGCUCACAUCUUGGGGAAUGCACACCAGGGCCUCCUAUGGUGGUCCUCCAGGGGACACUAUCGGUCCCACCUGGAGGCUUUCCAGUGGGUUGGUGGCUGUUGGCUGCCCUGCUCCAGCUUUGUCCUUAUUCUGUCCACAUCCAAGCACUGCUUCGAUGCCUCCAUUACACGUGUAGGUCCAGAACUUCACUCUGUGUCUCCAUGCAUUGCUCCGACCUCAGCCUUCCAACGCAGAGCCCCAGGGAGGGCUCGGAGAUGGGAAGGGGUGAGAGUGCUGUGGCACUUCCCCCCACCCCGCAGCCUCACCACGUCGCUGCAGCAACCUCAGAUGUAUAUUUGUAAUGUUCUUUGUCCUUUGUAUGUUGGUGCGUGUGUAUUUACAUAUGAAUGUGUGUAGGUGUGUGUGGGUGUGCGCGCACGCGUGUGUGUAGCCAAGGGAUCUAUUUACCUUCCAUGUGAGUGACUGUACAGGGUGGG